AGAGCUUGCCUUCAACAAUCCUCACAAGCUGUCAUUUUCGUAUCUAUAACAGGAGACUAAUAUUUGCCCUAUUUCAUGAGGUUAUGGUAAAAAUUAAAAUGAUGAGAUAAUGUAUCUGAAUGUUUUGUAUAAUGCAGCUGGAUGUUUCCUGGGCCACUAAGAAACUGGGUCUGAACAGACCUCCAGGGCCUCUCCCAUCUACAUCUGCGUGUCUGUAAAGAGAACAGACUUUGGACACCAAGUAUGAGUGCAUGACUUUACUCUUCAGUCACAGACUUGCAUUCCUAAGACGACUUUUAUAAGGUCGAAGAAUACAUUGAAAAGAGUCCCAAUAUAAUAACACAACUAGUGGUGACCAAGUCAGGUUAGGUCUAUAUCUUCAGCUUUCUUUCAGCCUCUUUUUUUCCAUCACUGCCUUAUUUCACUACCAUCUCUUCUCCAUGGCUGCAACAGUCUCCUCACAGUUCUCCUGCUCAUUGGUAUCGCCACCCUGUCACUCAAGUCUUGAUGAUGCCACUCUUUUGAUUAAAAUCCUUCAGUGUCUUCUAAUCACCUAAGAUAUAAUCUAAAUGUCUUAAUUUGGGUCUCCAUCUACUAUGCCAGCCCUGUCUGUUGCCACUUCCUUUGCAUACCCUAAACUACUGCCUUGAGAUGAUUCUCAAUGCUUUCUAGGUGAGCCAGGCUCCCCGAUGCCCCAGGAGUCUUUGUAAUCUUUUCCCUCUGCCUGGAAUGCUUGUUUCCCUGUCUAAUUAGAUGGGCAGUCACUACUCAUUCUUCAGAUCCCCAAGUAUUUUCUCUGAGAGCCUUCUCUGCCUCCGCUAGACAGGACUUCAAUAUCACAUUGACUAUAUUUAUGCAUACUGGUAUGAUGGCAGGACUUGUGUUUGUAUGCCUGGUUCUUUGCUAGAUGUGAGCUACGAGAGGGCAGGGCCUCAUCUCAUCGUGGUGAUCAUCUGGCACAGCAUUUGGUAUGCUGAGAGUUGGAUUGAUUUGCAUAGCAUUCCUAAACUUACUCGCUGUGCAACCUUGGGCAUGUUACUUACCUCUCCGUGCUUCAUGUUUCCAUAUCUGUAAAAACAGUGCUGAUAAUACCCACUGAGCAGAAUUAUUGUAAAGACUACAUAGAAAAACUCUUGCGAAGCUCCUGGAAUAUAGUUGGCACUUAGGACAGACAUCAUGGCUAUACGGAUGCCCUUUACAAACAUUUGUUGAAUCAACUCAGCAGAACUCGGGAAGGGUGCUAAUAAUUAUUAUACUAUACGCCUAUUAGGUGCCAAACACUGUAUUAGAAAGGGUUGCUGUGUUCAUGGUUUAAGUAAGAGUCUUAAUUGUUGUUCUUUAGGGACAAAGGUACUGAGCCCCCCAAAAUAGUGGGGACGCGUCGCUCACUGAGCUGUUUGGUAAGGACUCAAUGCGACGUCGCCCCCUGCCCCUCGCUGAUCGUAGCCUGAGGGCAAACUCCAGCGACCCUCACGAAACCAACAUCACUCGCGUGUCCUCAGCUUGGCUUGCUCUGCUCUUCCGGGGAGCAGUAGGCUUGCAGCCCCACAGCCCCGCAGCCCCGCCAGGUUCUCAGCAGGCCGCUGCCACGCUCUCGCUAGAUGGAGUAGCCCCGAGUUCCUCUUGCCACGGGGGCGGAGCCUGCGGCGGCGUGCUAUCGUCACUUCCGGCGAACCCGGAAGCGCCCUUGUCGGGCCGCUGUAGUUAGGAAGUCGUGAUGGGGUUGCGCUCAGCCUAAACCCUUGGCGGACAGUGGGCCGAGGGCCCGCAGGGGCUGCUGUGGCCCGGGCGGGCAGGGAGCGCAGAGCGCAGAGCGCGGAGCGGUUCCUGGGACAGUGCGGGGGAGCCCUGGCUGUGUGCUCCUCUCUUGCCCGCGUCGCCCCGCCUCUCGGUGGGACCCGCCCCCGCCCUCCGUGCCCGGGACCCGGUGACGCUUCUGCCAGGCUGCCCUGCCGCCCCGCGUCGGUCUCGGACAGCUGGGAGGAGCGCGUGUGCGGCCGCGGGGACCACAACGCCCUCCAGCGUCUCCGCCACCCUUUCCCGGGCUGCUCCAACGCUGACGUGGAACAACCUGUUCUGAAUCCUCAUGGAGAAGUUUGGAAUGAAUUUUGGGGGUGGCCCCAGCAAAAAGGACCUGCUGGAGACCAUUGAGACGCAGAAGCAGCAGCUUCUCCAGUACCAGGCACGUCUCAAGGAUGUGGUUCGCGCCUACAAAAGCCUCCUGAAAGAAAAAGAGGCGCUAGAGGCCAGCAUCAAGGUGCUGUCAGUGUCCCACGAGGCGGAUGUGGGCCUGGCAGAUGGCCAGCCUCCAGGCCCCCUCACUUGUCCUGACAACGUGGAUGACCGAUGCUCCACGCACAGCGAGGAUAGCACUGGGACCGCCACCAGCUUGGAUACUGCAGCCAGCCUCACUAGCACCAAGGGUGAGUUUGGGGUAGAAGAUGACAGACAGGCCCGUGGACCACCACCUCCAAAGUCCGAGGAGGCCAGCGGGUCGGAGAGUGGUGUUAGCAGUAGCAGUGGGGAUGGAUCGUCUGCAUGUGGGGAGGUGGACAAACGAUUGCACCAGCUGAAGACUCAGUUGGCUACUUUGACCAGCGCUUUGGCCACAGUCACCCAGGAGAAGUCCCGCAUGGAAGCUUCUUACCUGGCUGACAAGAAGAAGAUGAAACAGGACUUAGAGGAUGCCAGUAACAAGGCAGAGGAAGAGAGGGACCGUCUGGAGGGAGAACUGAAGGGACUGCAGGAGCAGAUAGCAGAAACCAAAGCCCGACUUAUCACACAGCAGCACGAUCGGGCCCAGGAACAGAGUGACCAUGCCUUGAUGCUGCGUGAGCUCCAGAAGCUGCUGCAGGAGGAGAGGAUCCAGCGCCAAGACUUGGAGCUUCGGUUGGAAGAGACCCGAGAAGCCCUGGCAGGGCGGGCAUAUGCAGCUGGUCAAGUGGAAGGGUUUGAACUGCAGACCAAACAGCUGACCCGUGAGGUGGAGGAGCUCAAAGGUCAGCUGCAGGCUCUUCAGGAUGAGAAGAAUCAGCCAGACCCCCGGCUGCAGCAGCUGCAGGAAGAGGCCACCUGCCUAAAGAGCCAUUUCCAGGCUCAGUUGCAGCAGGAAAUCAGGAAGACAGCCCUCGCAGAGGAUCAACUACGUCAGCAAUCUCAGCUGGAAGAGCAGAGAGUGGCAGCCCUGGAGAACCAAAUAUCCGAGGUGUCAGAGCUGCUGGGCACCUAUGAGAAAGCCAAGCAGAAGGACCAGCUGGCCAUCCAGAAGCUGAAGGAGCGCAUUGUGCAGCUGGACCUGGAGAACAAGACGCUGGCGCUUGCAGCCUCCAGCCGGUCCCCUCUAGACAGCCAUGGAGAAGAGUCCAGUCUGGACGUGAAUGUCCUGAAGGACAAGAUGGAGAAGCUGAAGAGGCUACUGCAGGUGGCAGCCAGGAAAAGCCAGGUGACCUUGGAUGUGGAGAAGCUCUGCGACCUGGAGAUAAUGCCCAGCUCCGAGGCCGCCGAUGGGGAGAAGGCUACUGCGCUCUAUUACCAACAGGAGCUAAAACAGCUGAAGGAAGAGUUUGAGAGGUACAAGGUGAGGGCCCAGGUCGUCCUCAAGAACAAGAACACCAAAGACGGUAACCUGGCCAAGGAGCUGGAGGAAGCCCAGGAACAGCUUGCAGAGCUCAAGGAGAAGUACAUCUCCCUGCGUCUGUCCUGCGAGGAGCUUGAGCGCCAGCACCAGCAGGAGGCGGAGGACUGGAAGCAGGAGCUGGGCCGGCUGCAGCAUCAGCACAGGCAGGAGCUGGAGCGGAGCCAGCUGGAGUUCAGAGACCGCACGCUGAAACUGGAGGAGGAGCUGCACCGGCAGCGGGACCGGGCGCUGGCCGUGCUGGCUGAGAAGGACCUGGAGCUGGAGCAGCUGCGUUCGGUGGCCUUGUCCUCCGGGCUGCCGGGACGCAGAAGCCCUGUGGGUGCUGGCGGUCCUGGGGACCCGGCCGACACCGCCUCCCCGGAUAGCCUGACCCAAGCACUUCAGUUAGCUGCGGCCAACGAGCCCACUUUCUUCCUGUAUGCUGAGCAGUUGGCCCGCAAGGAGGUGGAGGUCACACUGCUGAGGAAGCAGAAACACAGGCUGGAGAUCGAGGUCCGGCAGCUGCAGGAGCGGCUGCUGGAGGAGAGGGAGCGGCAUCACGAGGAGGUCGGGGUCCUGCAGAGCCACAUUGAAAAGAACAUCAGGGACCAGAGCCGGGAGGGAGCCAACCUGGAGUACCUCAAAAACAUCAUCUACCGCUUCCUGACCUUGCCCGACAGCCUGGGCCGCCAGCAGACGCUCACAGCCAUCCUGACUAUCUUGCAUUUCAGUCCAGAGGAGAAACAAGUGAUAAUGCGGCUCCCACCCAGUGGGAGCUGGUGGUCUUCUGGCAAGAGAUGAUGCUGUUUUCAUUGAGUCCGGAAAUCUCUGUGCCUCAUACGUGGGAAGGGACAGGCUCUGGUUUCUACUGCCUCUUCUCUUAGCCUUUUCUUUCUUCACUGUGUUGAACUGGGAGGAGUCUUCAAAGUAGGGUGGGAUUUUCCGCCAAAUGCUAUUAACGCUGCUUUCCCUGUGGGCCCUAGAGACCCUGGAAGUGUUGGGACCACAUCUUCUGGUGGUGUGUAUAUGACGGGGAGAGGCAGGGAUUGAGAGGUGCAAAAGUUGGGGAAGUGGUGAGAAUCUUUAUGAAUAAGACCUUUUUGUUUUAAUAUUAUGCUCCUAGUGCAGAGCCAGGAGUAAAUGUGACUCCAAAGGGAGUUCAGUUAAUUUCAAAACACACACAAGGACCAGCUGUUUUCUCCAUCAGUACAACCUGAGUCUGGUCCACUGCUGCCCCAAUUCUCUGGGGACUUGAAUCCAGGCUAAAGAGGGACCAGGAAAUUUUAAAUAGUGACAGCUUGCCCACUACUCCAAAGGGCCUAGGAAUAGAUAUUCCAUCCUGGAACCGGGAAGCUUGGUUUAGUGAGGGCUGGGAACAUCCUAACCAGUCUGGACAAAACACAAAUUGUGUAAACACAAUUUACAUACAAUGUGACGAUCGUAGAGAGAGCCCUGAGCACCAGUUCGAUCUUAGGGAUUUCCCGAGUGACCUGCUUUUGGUCGGGAUAGGGUUAUCAUAGACGCUGCACACUUUUCCCUGCCUUACCCUGCCUGCCUAAGGUUGGCCUGAAAUUGUGAGCGAAUGAAUUUGCUAUCUUCAGUGUUGAACUUCCAUUGCGAAAACAAUUCUAGCUCCUUACAGAGAGGGGUCUGAUCAGGAAGCUCUGGUCCUGCCUCGAUGCAAGGAGUUAGCUCAGAGAUGGAUAGGGCAGAGGAGGAAGCCCUGCUGCAGAGGAUUCCAGAACAUUGCUGUGAACCUCAGAGGAAAGUGGCGGGAGCUCAGCCGAGGCAGGGCCGGGCUGCUGGCUGCUCCGUGGAGAGCAUUCUGGCUAAAUCUCCACAUCUCUGCAGCCGGAGUGUUCAUGGGUUACUGUCCCCAGGGUAUUUCGCCCACUCCCUUAGGGAGGUAAUUGAGUUUCAGUCCACAGCCCUCUUCCCCACUCAUGUUACUAUAACUUUUCCUCCUCCUGCCGAGUUUCUUACACUUGCUGUUGCGUAAGUAGGUUAUUCUGCACUUCAGGAAAGGAGGGACACAGAAUUCCAAGUCAGGCACAAACAGUAUCUAUUCGUUCCAUGUCCCAUGUGCUCUUGCUGGUUUUAGAGAUCUCUGGGUCCUAAAGACCAAUGCUUUUGCCACUCACUGAACUAAUAUGUAUUUUUCUGUUAUUUCAUCAUAGAGAUCUGUUUUGUGGGGGUUUAGGGUACAGAAGACUUUGAUUAAAUGUUCUGGUUGGGAGGCUGGGUGACCUGGACUAUCUACAGUGAGUGGACUUUAAUGGAACAGAAGUGAUGUGUUCAAAUGAUAAUAACAUAAACUGUGGAAUUAUUAAACCUGUACAACUUGA